UAAUAUACCUCGGUUUGAACUUGGCACGCUUCACUCCCACUGCAACCUCGACCAUGAUUAACAAUGGAGUCUGCACUCUCCGCACUUGCUUCCGUUUUCCGGGGAGGUCGCUAUUCCCACCAUUGCAGCGCUCGUUCACUUUCCGGCGGCGGUUUCUGGUGACUGCAUCCCAAAGGAAGAAGAAAGAGAAGGUUAUUGUCAUUUCUGGACCCACCGGUUCGGGCAAGAGCCGCCUCGCAUUGGAACUCGCUAAGAGCCUCAACGGCGAAAUCGUCAGUGCAGACUCUGUCCAGGUAUAUCGGGGGCUUGAUGUUGGAUCUGCAAAGCCUUCCCCAGAUGAAAGAAAGGAGGUACCACAUCAUCUGGUUGACAUACUGCACCCAUCUGAAGACUAUUCUGCUGGGCAGUUUUUUGAGGAUGCAAGGCAAGCUACAAGAUGUAUUCUUGACAAUGGCCGUGUUCCCAUAGUUGUUGGAGGCACUGGAUUGUAUUUAAGAUGGUUCAUAUAUGGAAAGCCAGAUGUACCUAAAUCUUUUUCAGUGAUUACAUCUGAAGUAAAUCAAGAAUUAGCUGAACUACAGAGGAAUGAAGACUGGGAUACAGCUGUACAGUUGGUGGUAAAAGCAGGAGACCCAAAGGCUCAAUUUCUAGCAGUGAAUGAUUGGUAUCGACUACGGCGUAGCCUAGAGAUUAUUAAGUCUAGUGGAUCACCUCCUUCUGCAUUUCGGGUACCAUAUGAUUCUUUCAGGGAACAGGGUGAAUGUAGUGUUGCUGAUGAUUCUGAGAUAUCUGAUAUGAACACGUACGGUGAUGGAAUGGAAGAAACCAGCUCAUCAGAGUUAGACUAUGAGUUUAUGUGCUUUUUCCUUUCUAGUCAUAGACUUAACCUCUAUAGAUCAAUUGAUUAUCGGUGUGAAGAUAUGCUUUUAGGAAGGGAUGGGAUUUUGUCUGAGGCUCAGUGGCUUCUUGAUACGGGUCUUCAUCCAAACUCCAAUUCUGCAACUAAAGCAAUUGGUUACAGACAAGCCAUGGAGUACUUACAAAGAUGCAGAGAGCAAGGGGGUCAGAGUUCUGCUGCAGAGUUUUACAAAUUCUUGUUUGAAUUUCAAAAAGCAUCACGGUAAUGCAUUUUGUUGUUUUAUAAGAUAAAAGUAGCAUAGUACUUUAGUUUUUCUUUUCA